CAGUUUUCAGAGAUCAACGAGGAGUUUAAAAAGAAAUAUGAUCACAAGAACAUCCUAAUAGACAUCCCCAAAGGAACACACGUAAAGGUCAGAUUACAACAUCGUCCAAAUAAAUUGCCACCAAUUUAUGAAGGUCUUUAUAAAGUUGUUCGAAGAAAUAAAGGAGGAUCGUAUGAGCUAAAGGUUGAGCAAGGAGAAUUGUUGCACCGAAAUUACACACCCUCAGAACUCAAGAUGGCUACCAUCGAUAAAUCUACAAUUGAGAAUGAGCUCUAUGAAGUUGAAGACAUUCGCGAUCAUCGUGGUGCUGCUGGUGAAAGAGAAUAUCUG